CGCCUCCCGGCUCCAUCCUCCGCUCUGCCUCGGGGCUCCCGGCGCCAGGAUCUCCCUCGCCUUCUCCCUCGCUAUGCAGCCUCUCCCUUUCUCCCUCCACAGCCUGCGGAUUACUCAUCACUCGUUCCCAUCUCUCUCUCUCUCCUCCCCACCCCAUGCCGCCCACUCCGCGCGCGCUUUCCCUUCCUCCUCCUCCUCCAUCCGUUUUUAUGAGUCACUCCGGGGUUUUGGGUGGGGGCCCAUCCGCGUCACGAGCUCAUGCACGCGCCGGCGGGUGACUCCCUGCGCGCACCGCGUGCCCAGGGAGCUGCUGAGCAUCACGCCGGGAUCUGGGGAGUUGGCUGGGAGGGCAGCAGGCAGAGGAUGCGAGCGACAGAAGAUGUCUGGGGAACUGUCCUUGCGCAUCGACACCAAGGAGCCACGAUGGGACCAGAGCAGCUUCACAGGGAGAGCAAAGCACUUCUUCACGGUGACAGAUCCUCGCAACCUUCUGCUCUCUAGCAAAACUCUGGAAGAGGCCCGGAGGGUGAUUGAGGAUUACAGGAAAGGGAAGGUGUCGCCAGGAUUGACUGAGGACCAACUAUGGCGGGCAAAAUACAUCUACGACUCGGCUUUCCACCCGGACACUGGCGAGAAGAUGAUCCUGAUUGGGCGAAUGUCGGCCCAGGUGCCCAUGAACAUGACCAUCACUGGCUGCAUGCUCACUUUCUACAGAACAACCCCUGCUGUUCUGUUCUGGCAAUGGGUAAACCAGUCAUUCAACGCCAUUGUCAACUACACUAACCGGAGUGGAGAUGCUCCCAUAACCGUCAGCCAGCUGGGCACUGCCUACGUCAGUGCUACUACGGGAGCUGUGGUCACAGCACUGGGCCUCAAGUCCCUCACCAAGCACCUUCCACCCAUCAUUGGACGCUAUGUGCCUUUUGCAGCUGUGGCAGCGGCUAACUGUAUCAACAUACCAUUAAUGAGGCAGAGGGAGCUAAAGCUUGGUAUCCCCAUUACAGACGAGAAUGGAAAUCGGUUGGGUGAGUCAAAGGCAGCCGCUCAGCAAGCCAUUGCACAAGUGGUGGUGUCUCGAAUUGGCAUGGCUGCACCUGCCAUGGCCAUCCCUCCUGUGAUCAUGAACGCGCUAGAGAAGAGAGCAUUUUUGAAGCGGUACCCUUGGAUGAAUGCUCCUCUGCAGGUUGGGCUGGUGGGCCUGUGUUUGGUGUUCGCUACCCCCCUUUGCUGUGCACUCUUCCCCCAGAAAAGCUCAAUGCGGGUGAGCCGCCUGGAACCUGAAGUCCAAGCUCUGAUCAGGGAGAAAAACUCUGACAUUGAGGUUGUCUACUUUAAUAAAGGGCUUUGAGAGAAGCUUCCUCAUGCUACCCUGGUAUGGAGUAAAAACAAACAAACAGGAAGAAGUAGAAGAACCAGGGAUCCGGUGCUCCUGAGGAGGAAUUUACACUUUGUAAUAGUAUAAUCCCUUUUAUAUGCUGCUUUCUUAUUGGCUGUCAAGUCAUGGCAGGCCCUAUGUGUAUGAUGUAACCUUCCUGAAUUCAGGUGAACCCUAGGGUAGAUUGUAAUGUGGCAGUGUGGCAGUUGCAGUGAUGUACGUUCAUACUCUGAACAAAGCAGAAACAUUCCAGUGAUGACCCAUUUGGGUUUCAGGAGCAAAGAAGUCCUUAAGCCUAAAUCCUUACAUUACACAUAGUUCUACAGUGGUAUGUGUACAGGUGUGGAUGUAUGUGCACUAUAAUCUUAAUGAUGUAUUAUCCUAAGAAUGAUAACCUUGAGAAAUGUUUGGGAAGAGGAGAAAUCCAUGGGACACCUGAGAAUCAGUUGCUACAUGGAAGGCAACUUGCUGUCCUGGUUAGUUGGAGUUUCAUGUAUUCAGAGGUAAAGGAAAUCACUCUCCCACAUAAGAGCAUCAUGUGUUUCUGCAAUACCUACGUUCUUGAGAUGUUUUGUCUCUAGACAACCUUUGUUUUUGUAAACCAAAACAUGUUUUUUCAAGAACCUCUGCGUUCUCUUGCUGUUCUGAUACUUUGCUGAUAAGAGAAAUGUAUGAGAAUGACAGUACGUGCAGCCUUGAAACCGCAAAACCCAUGAUGCAGGGUGAGUGCUAGUCAAAUAAGCACACUGCUUCCUACAUAGGGAAGCAAGCAAUUGACCAUAUUGAGUUAGCAGGAAACCGCUAAAAUUCAAACAGGUUGGUGGAUUUUCUAUCACCAAUCUUCUAUUCGGAGGUGAGCACAUGCUUCGAAGAUGAAGCAAAGAUCUGAUGUUUGCAUAAUUAUGUUAUGGGAGAUUGGAUCAUGGAAAUCAGCUGAUCCUAACAUGCCCCUUAUCUGCCCCUUGGAAACCACAGAAUUUCACAUAAAGUGGGAAGGGAUGUGUCUAUAUAUGUAGAGGCUUCACCCCUUAUGUUCUGCUUAGCUGUUUUAGCAUAACCACAGCAAUAUUUUGUACGGUUGCAUAGCUUGCUUGAAGGCCCAGGGCAAUUGAUAGGGAUGGCAUCCAAAUGGAGCAUCACUUCUGCCAGCUUCAUUGGAUCAGGUGAGGGUUGUGACAGCAGCAACCCCAUGCUCAUGGGGCCUGGUGGUUUCACCUCCCAGACCGAGAAAGAAAUCUGUUCUGUUUACCCUUUCCACACACUCACUCCCCCAAACCUUUCAUUAAUACCAUGGGUGGUAUCCAACUAAGUGGUUCCACUGGUGCAAGCAUUUUAAGAACACAAUACAAGCCUACUGGAUCAAGCCAAUGGCCUAUUCUCAUAGUUGCAGACAAAUGCAAGCAGGACAUGAGCCUAACAGCACUCUGCCCACCUGGGUUUUCCAGCAACUGGUAUUAAGAGGCAUAAUGUCUCUGACAGUGGAGCUGGAACAUACUUAUUGUUGUUCAAAGGAACUUCUACUCCCUCUUCUCUCCCUGUGUGCCCCCGUCCCCUGAAUCUGUCCUAGGGGUUCCCAACCUUCAAGAGCGAAUGGGGAGGCCUUGGGUGCACAUGGAGAAGGAAGGAAGAGCAAUAUGAAGAAUUCUGUUGUGCAAGUAGAAAUCUCAUUAUUUAUUUGGAGAAUGCCUAACCCCACCCCCCAAAUUUCUAAGCACCUACCUUGUUGCUCCAAGUGAAUACUUACUUGGGUGGAUUUGUCAGGUAGAAAAUGGUCACACCUGCCUGAGAGCAUAAAUGACUCUCUUUGGUGGAUGUGGCUGUGACUGAAUAGUGGUACACAUAAGUAUCUCUUCUUUAUCUGGACCUGUACUUUACCAGAACAGUUGAGACAACCACUCUGAGGUUUUGUUUCAUUUUUACAAUCAAGCAGUACAUAAAUCUUACAAAAUAAAUAAAAUAAUAAAUGAUGUUCUGGCAUUUGGGAAGGUGUGUCUGCACAAAGCUCUUGAGUAUCUGGUUUGAUGCUUUACUUGCUAAAGCAGUAUCCAUACUCACGAGUGUGCACUAACCACAAGGUUUGUUUUGGACCCUGAUUCAGCACUUUGGAAAUUACUCCAGUUUGGCUCAGACAGUUUGAAGGCUGCCUGGUUCAUCUUGGCACCGUAUCAGAAUACUGAUCUGGGAAAAGCUGAAGCUUUGUGCCUCCCCAUUGGCUGUCAUGUGGAAAUCAACAAAUUAUUAUAGCCUCUUUCCAUUUGACAGAAUUGUAUGCAAUUUGCAAGCAUAGCAAACCCUUUGGACUGGAAGAAGCCUGCCAUAAUUCCAGUCAAAAAGGUGCAGGUUUGUUUGCACUAGACUUCUUCCACCCUCUCCCCACCUUGGCUUUCUUCUUAAAUGGAAAGCUUGAGGAGAGAUGUUGUCAUUUUUUUGCAAACACACUUUCUGACUCUGAAUCAACAUUUGCUCCUAAUAAAGAAAGUAAUGUGGGCAGGAGGUUUUCUGCAGUAUUACCCUGUGUUGAUUAUGGUACCUGCAUUGUAACCCUACAAUUCCUUCUGUCUGCCAUGUAGACUUAACUGGUCAGUGCUAGGAUCAGAUUUGUGUGUAGUGAUCAGGUGCACUGAAUCAGCGCAUCCAUAAGAUGCCUUUGGGUGGAUUUGACCCAUAAAAAUUCUCUUCGCUGAUGGUCUGAAGGGAUAAAAUGCUCUACAGCAAUGUCCAUCCCUGUAGUCCAUGCUGUUGCAUAUUCUGCACAAUCUAGCAUCAGAUUCCAUUUGCUCAGAACGUUUAGUUCAAUGUCAUUUUUGCCCUUGACUUCAGCAGCAGCAGCAGCAGGGUCCAUAGCACUUAUUUGACCUAAGCAACACACACGCACAGCUAAACUGGAACAAGUGUGUGUGAUGACACAUGAUGUUUGGCCUGCAAAGUAGAAUAAAGAACUGCCAGAACUGCCUUCUCCAAAGGUGGAUGAAGGUCAGUGGCUUAAUCCAGUUUUAUGUACUUUUUAUCCCUGGAGCAAAUCAUUUAUUUUAAUCUGAGCAGAACCGCCUGGGUUUGCAUGCUUGCUUCCUUUGUUAAAUGUCAUCUUUGCUGGAGCCUCAGAGUUCCAUCAGGGGUUACUAUAUAUGCUCUUUAUCACACUCUCUUAAUGAGACCUCAUCUGAUCCAACUCUCACAAGCUUAAAAUGGUUUGAGUCAGCUUAUUUUCCUUUUACUGUGUUGGGUUAUGUUUGAGGCUUAUUUUACCAAAUGCAAAGCAAUGUCUGUGCAGGAAUCGUCAUUGAUUCCAUGUUAUACCUCUUGUAUAGCUUUAAAUAAGGCAUCUGUUUCCAAAUAAAGAAUAUAAUUUCUGUCUCUUG